UUAUACUUAUAGUUUCAUGUUCAAGGUAUGGGUGCAACACUCACUGUAGGAGACAACAUGGGAAUCACACUACACGGGAUUUGCGCCGAACGUUGCCCUAACCUCAAAGCCACCCGAUUCCGAAGCCAAAAUCCUGCCAACGAGUCUCGACGACAAAGACGAAGAACAAGUUCAAGUGAAUCGACGACGAAGAACCCGAAGUUCAAAGUCCCGUACUGUCUUCUCCGUCCAGGCGAUCCAAAACCCUAAACCCAUUGUCUCUUCCUACCAAAACUCCGAUACGUAUCCAGGAGAGAGCGAGCUGUUCUCGCUGCAACACUUCCUCACCCAAACCCACCACCUUCUUCUACUGUCGGCGCAUCAUCACCUGGUUCUUUACUUCUCUCAUUCUUCCUUUCCUUUCCGUUCCUUGUCCUUCUCUUUUUCAAUUGAUCGAUGCCAUUUAUUUAUUUAUUUAUUAUUUUAGGCGGCUGAAGAAGGAUACUUUAAAAUAAAAUUAAAUUUGGAAUUCUAUGUUUGAGAUUGAGUUUGAUUUACUAAUAAAUUAUGUAACAAAUUAAGUGAUUAUUUUUUUCUGCUUCCUGCCUGGUGUAAUUUCAGGUUUGAAUUCCCCUUUCUAAUUUUUGCCCUGUUAGUUCACAUUUUUCUUAACUUUCAAUCACAUUAUCAACUACUUGUUAGGUCACCACAAUGAUAAUUAUAAUUUUUGUGUGUUGUGGAUGUGCUCUUUGCUUUAUAUUUUGUGGACCUCCAAUGGAUCAUUCGUUCCACUUGAUUUUGAGAUGACACCGUUUUUUACAAGUUUAGUCAGUGAUGGUUAUCUGAAAACUAUGUAAACGACAAUUGAGAGGUGAAUGUCACCAGUCCUAGUCGUAUAUGCCUUCUAGAUGGUUUAUGUGGUCAUCCGUGACCUUUGUGUAACAAAUGUCAAGGAUGUCAUAGUGGCACAUCACCUAGUUAAUUAAUUUAGUACUGUAAAGAGUGUGAAAGGAAGACUUUGAAGAGGACUUUCUGAUUUGGUUUUCUUUUUUCUUUAUGUGGUCUGCCAAUCCAGUAAGUCAAUAACUAUCCUAUGAGUUUCCUGAAUUAAUAUUGAACAAAAAACUGAGAAACAUACACAAACAACAUAUGAGUAAAUCAUCAAAGAAAUAUGGUUUUUGCCAUAGUUCUUUUCUUUUAUUUUAUGAUUUCCAUGUUAACAAUAAUCUCCUAUGCAGUAGAAUUACACACCAUAACUACAACUCAAUUUCUUACUGAUGGGCAAACCAUGGUCUCUUCAGAUAGAACAUUUGAACUGGGAUUUUUCAGCCCCUCCAGUAGUACUUCCAGGAAUCGAUACUUGGGAAUAUGGUACAAAAAGAUAUCUGACGGGACUGUGGUAUGGGUUGCCAACAGAGAUACUCCACUUACUGAUGCAUCAGGAGGUGUUGUAAAGCUCACUGAUGGAGGAAUUCUCGUGCUUGUCAACACUACAAACAGCAUCUUGUGGUCUUCUUCAAAUUCAUCAUCAAAUAACAACACAGUGAACCCAGUUGCACAGCUUUUGGAUUCGGGUAAUCUUGUUGUCAAAGAUGCAAAUGAUGUGAAUUUCCUAUGGCAGAGUUUUGAUUAUCCAUGUGACACUGUGUUGCCGGGCAUGAAGCUUGGAAAGAACCUAGUAACCGGAAUUGAUCGGCGUCUAUGGUCAUGGAAGUCCAGUGAUGACCCCUCUAAAGGUGAGUAUUCUCAUGGACUUGAUCUUCGUGGAUUCCCACAAUUGGUCCUCCUGAAAGGUUCAGUUGUGCGAUCCCGUGCUGGACCAUGGAAUGGUCUUGGUUUGAGUGGCGUGGUGGGUUUACAGGCAAACAGCAUCUACACAUACCGUUUUGUUUUUGAUCAGCAGGAAGUGUAUUUUAAAUAUGAGCUUAUUAAUAGCUCGGUUUUCUCACGGCGGGUUUUGAAUCAGAAUGGAAUUAUACAGCGCUUAAUAUGGAAUUAUAAAACACAGGAUUGGACAGUUUACGCGAAUUCACCAGCAGAUAACUGUGAUUUUUAUGGGCUGUGUCAGGGCUAUGGUCGCUGCAGCAUUGGUAAUUCCCCGGUAUGUGGGUGUCUUGAUAAAUUUAUGCCAAGAUACCCAAAAGAUUGGGACACAGCAGAUUGGUCAGGUGGGUGUGUUCGAAGAACGCCCUUGGAUUGCCACAAUGGCUCAUCAAAUGGAUUUCUCAAGUAUUCCGGUGUUAAAUUGCCUGACACGCGGUAUUCCUGGUUUAAUAGGAGCAUGACCCUCAAGGAAUGCGAAAAGGUAUGCUUGAAAAACUGUUCUUGUAUGGCUUAUGCAAAUAUAGACAUAAGAGAAGGAGGAAGUGGCUGCUUGCUCUGGUUUGAUGACCUGAUUGAUAUUAGGGAAAUCCUUGAAAGUGGGCAAGAUAUGUACGUAAGACUGGCCUCCUCUGAGUUAGAGAGUCCAGAGACACAUAGCAGCUCCCAUGUAGAGGGACGAUGGAAGAUUAUAGUCAUUCCUAUAUUACUUACAGGAGUGGUACUCCUAGGCCUAUUCCUUCUCUUGUAUUUCAUAAGGAGGAGGAAGCUGAAGAGAGAAGGUAUGGAAACUAAGAAUGAAGACAUCGAGUUACCAUUUUUUGAUCUGGACACUAUUGCAAAUGCCACUAAGAACUUCUCUUGCACAAAUAUGAUCGGAGAGGGUGGUUUUGGUCUUGUUUAUAAGGGUAAGCUAAAAACGGGACAAGAAAUAGCAGUCAAGAGGCUUUCAAAUAAUUCUGGACAAGGUCUACAAGAGUUAAAAAAUGAAGUUAUGUUGAUAUCCAAACUUCAACACCGGAAUCUUGUUAGGCUAUUGGGCUGUUGCGAUGAAGGAGAAGAGAGGAUGCUAAUAUACGAGUACAUGCCGAACAAAAGCUUGGACUAUUUUAUUUUUGAUCAGAAUAGAAGACUAGAACUUCCAUGGCAAAAGCGAUUUGAAAUUGCUAUGGGAAUAUCAAGGGGACUUCUCUACCUUCACCAGGACUCAAGAUUAAAAAUCAUUCAUAGGGAUCUCAAAGCCAGCAACAUUUUACUAGAUGAUGAACUAAGCCCCAAAAUUUCAGACUUUGGGAUAGCAAGAAGUUUUGGGAGAGAUCAAAUUGAAGACAAAACAAAGCGAGUAAUCGGAACAUAUGGUUACAUGUCGCCGGAGUAUGCCAUUGAUGGGAACUUUUCAGUAAAAUCUGAUGUAUUUAGUUUAGGUGUGCUUUUACUGGAGAUAGUGAGUGGCAAGAAGAAUUGGAGAUUUCAUCAUCCUGAUCACCAUCAUUCCCUUUUGGGACAUGCUUGGUUGCUGUGGAAUGAACAAAAAUCCCUGGAACUAGUGGAUACAUAUUUGGAAAAUUCAUACAUUGAAUCUCAAGUACUAAGAUAUAUUCAAGUGGGUCUACUAUGUGUUCAGAAACUGCCUAAAGACAGACCAACCAUGUCAUCAGUAGUGUUCAUGUUGGGUAAUGAGGGAGUGGCAUUGCCUGAACCCAAACAGCCUGGUUUCUUUGUAGAAAGUUCUAUGGAUGCAGAGACAUCAACAAGUGAGAGAAGUCAUACUGGAAAUGAAUUGACAAUAACAAUAAUGGAAGCCAGAUAGAAGUUGCGCCUAUUUCAUACUGUUGUACUGAUGGAGUUGAUGCAUAUCAAGAAAUGGAAGAUUGUAAUGUAUAUACAUGGAUUGUUUUAUUGUUUAAAUCAAUGUUCUUGAAAAGUUAGCUUUGACUGCUAUUCACCCAUUGUAAAGAAUUGGAUAAUGAGAAGUGGUUGGGGUUAGCAUAUUCUCACA